CCCACCAUCACCACCGCCCGGCCUGCCUCAAGUCAGCUCCCGCAAGGCCGUCUCUCCCUCCCACCACCCGCACCGCACCGCCACGCCGCCCGGCUCGCCUCCACUCUCGCCUCGCCUGCUGCGCCCGCCCCCACGCAUGCAGCCCCUCGCUGCGUCUGCGUCGUGCUGCCCCUGACUCUGCCCACCGCUCGCAAGUGCGCCAGCGCUCGCGGUCUCUGCUGCGCCCUCACAGCGCCGCGCUGCCCGCACCCGCACUUGCCUGCCUCUCGCGCACCAACUCGACGCCCUUGCCGCCAGUCGCUCUUCGCCUUCUCUCCGAAGCCCAAGCCCUGCCGUGCGAGCUGCGCCGACAUCUAAUGGAGGACUCGCGCGCGCAGUCUAACCCGAGUCACCCCACCACACACGCGCCGUCACUCCCUGCUCCCGACACUGCAUCUGCUGCACCCGCCGCCGCGCCGCACACGCCUGCCCUCGCCGCCGCCAAGCGCCACACUCGCUCCUCCACCACCCUAGACACCGGCACUGGCAGCAGCAGCAGCAGCAGCAGCAGCGCCGCCGCCGCCGCCGCCGCCCCGCCUGCUUCCGCACACAGCGCUCGCCGCGUCACUCGCGCUGCCGCCGCCGCAGCUGCCGCCGCCGUUGCAUCGCCCGCCAGCGCCGCCUCGCCGUCGUCGCUCUCCAGCGCCUCGUCGUCGCGCCGCUCCAAGCGCAGCUCCGGCAGCGACGCCUCGUCGCUCAGCCAGCGCGCCCGCUCGCCUGCAGACACGCCGGCCACGACGGCAUACAGCACGCCGGCCACCGUGCCUGCCUCUGCCGCCUCGUCGUCGUCGCGUGCACUCAAGAAGCGCGCUGCGCCGCAGGACCUCGACGACGAGCACGACGCCGAGACCACUGCCGCUGCUGCAUCAGACGCCACGCCGUCUCGUGCGUCCAAGACUCGCGCGUCUGCACGCUCGCUCCGCUCCAGGGCCUCGACGCUCGCAGCGUCUUCGUCCAGCAAGGGCAAGAAGCGCCAGAUCUCGCCCGAGCAGGCCGAGCCCGCCGGUCCAAGCAGCGACUCGUCGCGCAGCGCCAAGCGCCAGCGCCACUCGGACAGCGGCGCCUACAACCUGCGCCCUCGUGCUUCUGCCGCCUCGCUCGCCGACCAAGCAGCCGAGCCCAGCAGCAGCCGCAGCGGCGCCGCGAGUUCUCGCCGCAAGACGCGCUCCAGCAUGAGCGGUCCUCGAGUGUCCAACAGCUCCGCCUCGGGCUCUACGGUCGACGUCGCGGGCAGCAGCGCCGGCGGCAGCCGCGCCGCAGCCGUGGCGGCCAAGGGCAAGAGCAAGGCGCGCAGCUCUGGCGCGCGUGGCUCGCGUGCGGCAGCGGCGCGCGGCGCCUCGGACGCGCCGCCGCGCAUGAAGGCCGAGUGCGACGACGACCAGAUGGAGGUCGACGUCGAGGCCGGUGCCGCGCUCGCCGACGCUGCCGACGAGGCCGAGGCCGAGGCAGAGGCCAAGUACUCCUUCAGCGAACUCAGCGGUAGCCACAGUCCCGAGGACGAAGAGGACGAGGGCGACGAUGACGACGAAGACGCGGCAGCCGACAGCGGCGCCAGUCCCUUUGGCGCGCUGCAGAUGGACGAGGACGACGAGGAUGACGAUGAGGAUGAGGGUCCGUACGACGACGAGGACGACAUGGAUGACCCGUACGGCGAUGGCGGUCUUGGCGCGACGGGCGCCUAUGGCCAGCUGCGCGCCAUGGCAGGCUACAUGUCGGGCCUCUCGGGCCGCUUCCGCACCCUGCUGGCGUCGCUGCGCAACUAUGGCGACCCGACGAUCCAGCUCGUGGCGCUACAGGAGCUCAGCGAGGUGCUCAGCAUGAGCAAUGAAGACACGCUCGCCGGCUACUUUCCGCUCGAGAGCUUCGUCCGCGAGCUCAUUCACCUCAUGGGCGGGCCCAAGCCGAGCGAGGCCGGUGCUGCUGGCGCAGCGGCAGAGGACAGCGGCGACGAGGAGGAACGCCUCAACGCCGCCGCUAUUGCGGCCGCCACGGCCGAGGACAACGGCGAGGCCGCACUGCUGGCGUGCCGCUGUCUUGCCAACCUCAUCGAGGCGAUGCCGUACGCCGCCCACCAGGUCGUCGGCAUGGGCCUGCUGCCCGUGCUCCUCUCGAAGCUCAAGGAGAUUCAGUUCAUCGAUCUGGCGGAGCAGGUGCUGCAGACGCUCGAGAAGAUCUCGGCCGAGUAUCCGACGGCCAUCGUGCGCGAGGGCGGCCUGCUGGCCAUGCUGCAGUUCAUCGACUUCUUCGGCGUGCACGUGCAGCGCACGGCCAUGCAGGCGGCGGCGCACUGCUGCCGCAAGCUGGGCGAGGAGUCGUUUGCAAAGGUGCGCGAGGUGAUGCCGAUCAUCCAGAACGUGCUGGGCUACGCGGAUCAGCGCCUCGUCGAGUCGGCAUGCAAGUGCGUCGUGCGUGCCGUCGAGAGCUACCGCCAUCAUGGCGAGCUGCUGGAGCAGCUUCUGACCGGCGAGCUCCUCUCUGCCGUCAACGCCAUCCUGCUGCCCGGCUCGGCUGCCGGUGUCUCGGGCGGCGGCGGCGGCGCCACCGCCGUCAGCACAUCGACGUACACCGACAUCCUCAAGAUGCUCAGCUCGGCCGCGCACGCCAGUCCCAAGGUGGCCGUGAUGCUGCUCGAGCACAACAUCGUCGAGACGCUCUAUCUGCUGCUCACUGGAUCACCGGCACCGGCAGAGGACGGCUCGGGCGGCCGUGGACCUGCGGCGCUGGAUUCCGUGCCCGGUGAGACCGAAGGCGCGGGCGGCGCGGCGUCUGGCUCUGCCGAGGCGGCGCCCAUUGCCGUCGUGGCGCAGGCCAGUGAUGCUCUCGUCGUCGACAGCGUGGCCGUGGCCGACGUGGCGGUGCUGCAGAACCUGGCACAGCGGCCCAAAGAGCAAGUGCAGGAGGCGCUCUCGCUCGUGGGAGAGCUCAUGCCGCCGCUGCCACGCGACGGCGUCUUCGAUGCACGCGCCUACAGCGAGAAGGCGUACCUGCGCAAGAAGAGCCGCGAUGCCAAGAAUGCGCGUGCGGCACAGCGCGCAAAGGCGGCGGCCGCAAAGGGCGGCAACACGGCCAUCAAGCAGGAGCCCGACGCCGAGAUGGCGAGCGCAACGGCUUCUUCGAGCGCGGCGCCGGCGCCCUCUGCCGACGUGCCGAUCAAGAGCGAGCGCGUCAAGACGGAGCGCGAGCUGGCAAAGGAGUCGGCACAGGCCAAGCGCGUCGAGAUGCUCACGGAGCGCAAGGCGCUCGUCAAGCGCUUCACACAGCUCGUCCUGCCCACGCUCGUCGAGGUGUACGCCGCCAGCGUGGCGCUGCAUGUGCGCACAAAGGCCCUCUCGGGCAUCCUCAAGAUCGUCAGCUUCGUCGAGGCCGAGCCGCUCAGCGAGGUGCUUGACAACGUCCCGCUGGCCAGCUUCGCAGCGAGCAUCCUGUCUGCACGCGACAACCCGGCGCUGGUCCUGGGCGCGCUGCAGAUGGUCGAACUGCUCAACGCCAAGCUGCCGAGCGUGUACAGCGCCGCUCUGCGCCGCGAGGGCGUCGUGUGGGAGAUCGAGGACAUUGCCAACAAGGAGCCGACGGCAUCGACGGUGGCCGCCUCGCCCUCCAAGACGCGCGAUGACAAGCCUGCAGCGACCAACCCCUCGGUCUCGGCAUCUGCACAGCUGCUCCAGGCCCUCGCUGGCGAUGGCCGUCGCGCCGACGACGCCAGCCCCGAGGCAUCUCGUGCGCGCCUGCAGGCGCUGCGCGAGCAGACACGCGAGCUCACCGAGGCCAGUGCACGCUUUCUCGCGGCGGGCAGCAGCAUUACCAGGAAGCCGCCGGUCACCAGCGCAGAUGCGGCCGUCGCAGCUGCGACGGAGCAGGAGGACGCCAACAUCUGGCGCGCGCGCCUGCUGCGCGACCGCUUCAACGAGGACGUCGUGGCGGGCGGCACGGCCGAAGGCUCCGAGGCUCUGCGUGCACUCGACAACCUGCAGGCUCUCUCGGCCACGCUUGGUGCCGAGGCUGUCGGUGACGAGGCUGUAGCCGAGCAGACGCUGCAGGCCAUCGCGCCGCUCUUCUCGCAGCGCGACAGUCCCAUCUCCAGCUUCGAGCUGCUGCGCUCCGGCCUCGUCGACGCGCUGUACGAGUUUGCAGUCGGCAACUCGGCGGCUGUGCCGACAGAGCGGCGCCGGGCACUCUUGCUCGACGCACUCAUGGCCAGCUCUGCCGACGGCGGCUCGACGGCCGCGGCGGCGCUGGUGCGCCGCCUGCAGGAGACGCUGAGCCGCCUGGAGAAGUUUGAGAUCACCGCGGCCAUCACCAGUGGCGGCGAGGACACGCGGCGCAGCCCCACGGCCAACGUCUCGCGCGCCGUGCGCCUCAAGCUCGUCGCCGACGGCAACACGACGGGCAUCCCGCGCACGUGCCAGAAUGCGUUGAUCACCAUCCACGCCAUCGCGCCUUUCCAGGCGGUCAACGACUAUCUGCGGCCCAAGAUUGCCGCGGGUCUCGCUGGCGGCCCGUCGGCGAUUGGUGCUGGGGCCGGCGCGGCAUCCCGCCUCUCCGGCAUGCUGGCCGCAAUGGCCGACUCGGGGCUCGAGCUGCCGCCCGGUCUCGCUGCCGCUGCCGCAGCCGUCGCAGCAGGUGGCCGCAAGAGAGUUGGCGCAGCAGACGCCCCUGCCGCCACUGCGUCCAGCGCCGCGGCAGAGGCCGGCUCGUCGAGCGCUGCAGCUGCACCGGCCUCCUCGAGCGAAGCUUCGGAGAAGCCGCGGCGCAGCUCGCGCCUCAGCGGUGCAAGCGCGCUGGGCGAGGCCGAGGCGCCAGACAGCGCGCCAGACGUCAAGGCUGAGGCUGAUGUGAAGGCCGAGGCCCCGGCAGCCGCUGCUGCCGCGGACGCGCGCGACGAGGGCGAGGAUGAGAACUCGGCUGCGGCGCGCCGCAUCGUUGAGGACUUCAUGGGCGCCAUGGACGAGGAGGACGAGUUCGGCGGCGACUACGACGAGGAAGACAUCAUCGACGACGCGGCCAUGUCGGGCUUCGCGGCGCGUGCCGGCGACACGUCGACGUCGAGCAACGAGGACCGCACGGUGAACCUCAAGGUCACGGGCGACGCGAGCUCCGCCAGUGCGGGCACGCCGGCCGCGUCGCGGUCAGGCUCGGGCAAUAACGCCGCGGUCCCGGCAGCCACCGCCGCGAGCGGCAGCGGCAGCAGUACCGAGACGGCCGCUGCGCCGAAGCCGUCGUACGCGUCCAUGGCGCAGAAGCAGCCAAACGACUGGCACCUCGUGUUCGAGGUCGGCGGACAGCCCGUCAGCCUCGACUCGACGAUCUACCGUGCGAUCCACAAUUUCGAGAUGACGCCGGAGCGCCAGACCACCGGCCUGCACCGCCACAUUUGGAACAACGUGUACACGGUCAAGUUCCGCCGCGUCGACGGGCCGGCACCCGCACCUGCUGCGGCCGCCGCGACGCCCGAGCCGGAGGACGCCUCGUCGUCGGCCGUCGUGCUGCCCUCUUCUGUCGCCGAGGACGCGUCGUUCGCCAAAAUUCUGCAGCUGCUGAGCGUGCUGCACGAGCUCAACGCCGAGUGGCGGCAGGACCCAGCGCGCAGCGAGAGUGCCGGCGUGGCUGCGCUCUCCGAGGCCGCAUUCGUCAACAACAAGCUGACGGCCAAGCUGAACCGGCAGCUCGAGGAGCCGCUGGUCGUGGCGAGCGCGUGUCUGCCCGACUGGGCGCUCGAGCUGCCCAAGACGUUCCCCUUCCUCUUCCCCUUCGAGGCGCGCUACUCGUUCCUGCAGAACACGGCCUUUGACUGCCCGCGCCUCAUCGCGCGCUGGCAGACGCAGCAGUCGCGCAACCAGGAUCCCUCGUCGGCGGCGGCGGCGUCGCGCACCGACGAUGCGCGUGCCGUCGUGGGCCGCCUGAGCCGGCAGAAGGUGCGCAUCGGGCGGCAGAACAUCUUCGGCUCGGCGCUCAAGGUGUUUGAGCUCUACGGCUCGUCGUCGGCGCUGCUGGAGAUCGAGUACUUCGACGAGGUCGGCACGGGCCUGGGACCAACGCUCGAGUUCUACGCACUCGUCAGCAAGGAGUUUGCACGCAAGGAUCUCGGCCUCUGGCGCGACGACGGCGCCGGCGCGGCCGACUCGCGCUUCGUCUCUGCCAAGCAGGGCCUCUUCCCGGCCGUGGCCGACGCCGCGACGCGCGCGGCGGCACAGACGCCCGAGAGCGAGGCGGCAAAGACGAAUCUGCGGCUGCAGUCCUUUGUCGUGCUGGGCCAGUUCGUCGCAAAGGCGCUGCUCGACUCGCGCAUCAUCGACGUGCACUUUUCGUCGGUGUUCCUGCGCGCUGCGCUGCUCAACGGCCGUGUGCCCGAGACGCUCGCCACGCUGGCGCAGGUGGACGCAGCGCUGGCGCGCAGCAUGCAGCAGCUGCUUGCCAUGCCGCCCGCCGACGUCGAGGCGCUCGGCCUCGACUUUACGCUUCCGGGCCGCGCCGAGUACGAGCUGCACGCCGGCGGCGCCAGCGAGACGGUCACGGGCGCCACGGUGCAGCAGUACGUGGCCGAGGUGCUCUCGCACACGCUCGUGCAGGGCGUGCGACCCUACGUGCGCGCCUUCCGCCGCGGCUUCAACGGCAUCUUGCCGCUCGGCAGCAUGGCCAGCUUCAGUGCCGACGAGCUCGUGCUGCUCUUUGGCAACACUGACGAGGACUGGAGCGAGGCGACGCUGCUGGCUGCCAUCAAGCCCGACCACGGCUUCACGGGCGACAGUCUGGCGUUCCGCGACGUCGUCGCGCUGAUGGCGGCCUUCUCGCUCGACGAGCGCCGGCGCUUCCUGCAGUGGCUCACGGGCUCGCCCAAGCUGCCCAUCGGCGGCCUGGCGGGCCUGCACCCGCAGCUGACGAUCGUCAAGCGGCCGCACGAGGCGCCGCUGACGCCCGACGACUACCUGCCCUCGGUCAUGACGUGCGUCAACUACCUCAAGCUGCCCGCCUACUCGAGCCGCGACGUCAUGCGCCGCCGCCUCGAGACGGCCAUGCGCGAGGGCGGCACGAGCUUCCACCUGUCGUGA